GGGCAUUUGAUUUCACUCUGCACUCAAGACAGCUCCUCUGCUGACUGACACAGACUGCAGCCAUGGCUUUGGAACAGAACCAGUCAAUAGAUUACUACUAUGAGGAAAAUGAAACGAAUGGCACUCACGACUACAGUCAGUACGAAGUGAUCUGCAUAAAAGAAGAAGUCAGAAAAUUUGCAAGCAUUUUCCUGCCUGCCUUCCUCACGAUAGCUUUCAUCAUUGGACUUGCAGGAAAUUCCAUAGUAGUGGCAAUUUACACCUAUUACAAGAAACAGAGAACCAAAACAGACGUGUACAUCCUGAAUUUGGCAGUGGCAGAUUUACUCCUCCUUUUCACUCUGCCUUUUUGGGCAGUUAACGCAGUUCAUGGUUGGGUUUUAGGGAAAAUGAUGUGCAAAGUAACUUCAGCCUUGUACACAGUAAACUUUGUCUCUGGAAUGCAGUUUCUGGCUUGUAUCAGCAUAGACAGAUACUCGGCAGUAACUAAAGCCCCUGGUCAAUCAGGAGUGGGAAAACCAGGCUGGAUCAUCUGUUUCUGUGUCUGGAUGGCUGCCAUCCUGCUGAGUAUACCCCAGCUGGUUUUUUACACAGUAAAUGGCAAUGAUAGAUGCAUUCCCAUCUUUCCUCACCACCUAGGAACAUCAAUGAAAGCACUGAUUCAAAUGCUAGAGAUCUGCAUCGGAUUUGUAGUGCCCUUCCUUAUUAUGGGGGUGUGCUACUUUAUCACAGCAAGGACACUCAUCAAGACACCAAACAUUAAGAAAUCUCGACCCCUCAAAGUUCUGCUCACAGUGGUUAUAGUUUUCAUUGUCACUCAGCUGCCUUAUAACAUUGUCAAGUUCUGCCGAGCCAUAGACAUCAUCUACUCCUUGAUCACCGACUGUGACCUGAGCAAACGCAUGGAUGUUGCCAUCCAAAUCACAGAGAGCAUCGCACUCUUUCACAGCUGCCUCAACCCAGUCCUAUAUGUUUUUAUGGGAGCCUCUUUUAAAAACUACAUUAUGAAAGUGGCCAAGAAAUAUGGGUCCUGGAGAAGACAAAGACAAAAUGUGGAGGAGAUUGCUUUCGAUUCUGAGAGUCCUACAGAGCCAACCAGUACUUUUAGCAUUUAAAUGUAAAACUGCUCUGCCUUUUGCUUGGAUACACAUGAAUGAUGCUUCCCCUCAGAUAAAACAUCUGCAUUAUUCGGACACUGAAAUCACAAAUACUAUGGUUGCAACUUGUAACAAAGAAAGGGUUAAGGAGUGGGGCAAGGAUAGAAGCCAAGGAGAAGAGGAAACAAGAUGAUAAGUAUACAAAACCUCAAAAUUAAAAGUAACAAUACAGGAAAAUAGUAGUGACAGGCAUAAAAAAUAAAAAAAUAAAAACCACUAUGCUAUAAAGAGGAAGAUCUUUGUGGUGAUGAAAUAGUUUUGCAUCUUGAUUGCAGUACUGAUUACACCAACCUACACAUGUGAUACCAUGACAUAGAACUAUACACAUACAUUGUGCCAAUUUGAGUUUCCUGGUUUUGAUAUUAUACCAUAAUUAUGUAAGAUGGAACCAUUCCAGGAAACUGGGUGAAGGAUACUCAGGACUAUUCUUUACUAUUUUUGUA